CCGAGUGCGACAGGCUUCCGGCCGGCGGCGCCGCACCGGCUGCUCGCAGACGUGUAACGGCCGGGCGGGCCGCAGCCAUGGCCGAGAGGAAGGCUGGCUCUGGCGGCGGCGCCUCCGCCUCCUCCUCGGGCACUAACUUACUCUUCUCCUCUUCGGCCACCGAGUUCAGCUUCAACGUGCCCUUCAUCCCGGUCACGCAGGCCGCCGCCGCCUCGGCCUCCUUGCUCCUGCCCGGAGAAGACUCCACAGACGUUGGGGAGGAGGACAGCUUCCUGGGUCAGACCUCUGCUCACGCAGCCACCCCGCAGACGUUCAGUUACUUCUCUCAGGUAUCAAGCAGUAGUGAUCCUUUUGGGAAUCUCGGACAGUCACCGCUGACAGCUGCCUCGACACCAGCAGGACAGUCAGCAUAUGCCAAGCCCCCGACCACGCUCUCUUUUCCCGCUGGAUCCCAAGACACGUCUUCACCAUCUGCUUCGAAGGCGCAAUACGGUGCUCCAGCUUCUCCCCAGCUGGGACUCAAUACUUACCGAUCACCGCAGCCGAGUCCUUUUCCUCCUUCCAAUUUUGGGAACCCACCUCAAGGAACACCCCAACAAGGAUACAAUCCAUACCGCCACACCCCAGUCAGCAGCAGGGCUAAUCCUUACAUCACACCUCCGCAGCUGCAGCAGUGCCAGACACCAGGCCACCCCACCCACCACCCACCCUCCGCACCCCCCGUCCAGAUGUACCAGAUGCCCCCUGGAUCUUUGCCACCGGUUCCUCCUUCAGUGCAGCCAGGGAUGCCCCCCCCUGCACAGCAGCCAGGGCUGGUGGCCCCCUCUGUGCAGGUGCCACCUCCUUUUGUCCUUCAGAACCAGUAUGAGCCUGUUCAGCCCCACUGGUUUUACUGCAAGGAGGUAGAAUACAAGCAGCUGUGGAUGCCUUUCAGCAUGUUUGACUCUCUGAAUCUUGAGGAAACCUACAAUUCAGUCCAGCCAGACCCCGAGAGUGUGGUUCUGCCCACGGAUGGAGGGCGCUACGAUGUUUUCCUCUAUGACCGAGUGAGGAAGGCCGUGUACUGGGAAGAGGAGCCCAUGGAAGUGAGACGCUGUACCUGGUUUUACAAAGGGGACAUGGACAGCCGGUUCAUCCCCUAUACGGAAGAAUUCAGUGAGAAACUAGAGGCUGAAUACAAGAAGGCUGUGACCACCAAUCAGUGGCACCGCAGGCUGGAGUUUCCCAGUGGAGAGACCAUCGUGAUGCACAAUCCAAAGGUUAUUGUUCAGUUCCAGCCUUCAGCAGUGCCUGAUGAAUGGGGGACCACACAGGACGGACAGACAAGACCCAGGGUGGUGAAGCGCGGGAUUGAUGACAGCCUUGAUGAAAUUCCGGGCGGGGAAAUGCCUCAAGUUGACCACUUGGUGUUCAUGGUGCACGGCAUUGGGCCUGUGUGUGACUUGCGCUUUAGAAGCAUUAUUGAAUGUGUGGAUGAUUUUAGGGUGGUUUCUCUCAAAUUGCUGCAGACACAUUUCAAGAAAUCCUUAGAUGAGAAGAAAGCCAGCCGAGUGGAGUUCCUGCCUGUCCACUGGCACGGUGCUUUGGGCGGGGACGCCACAGGAGUUGACAGGAAUGUUAAGAAAAUCACCUUACCGAGUAUUGGCCGGUUUCGUCACUUCACCAAUGAGACCUUGCUAGACAUUUUAUUUUACAGUAGCCCUACCUACUGCCAGAUGAUUGUGGAAAAGGUGGGAGUGGAGAUUAACCGACUGUAUGCACUCUUUAUGAGCCGGAACCCAGACUUCCAAGGAGGCGUCUCUGUUGCUGGCCACAGUUUAGGUUCUUUAAUACUGUUUGACAUCUUGUCUAAUCAAAAAGAUUUAAAUUUAUCAAAGUCUCCUGGGCCUUUUGCUGUUGUUAAUGGAGUUGUGAAGCAGCCACACUUUCAGGAAAAGCAGAUGCCUGAAGAGCCCAAACUGACUUUGGAUGAGUCUUCUGACCUUGAUGUUGAAAAUGAAGAAGUCUUAACUUUGCAAGAAACUCUGGAAGCACUUAGCCUCUCUGAAUACACUAGCACUUUUGAAAAGGAAAAGAUUGAUAUGGAAUCUCUGCUUAUGUGUACGAUUGAUGACCUGAAGGAAAUGGGAAUACCCCUCGGGCCCAGGAAGAAGAUCGCUAACUUUGUGAAAGACAGAGCAGUCAAGCUGGAACAGAAAAAAGCAGCACUGGAAAAGAAGGCGGCCAUGGCUGCUUCAGCAAGAGGCCAAGAAGAAAAUGCUCAGAAAGUAAAAGAAGUGGUAUCUGUGCCCUCGGGGUCUAGUGAGUCCAAGAGGAAGCUUCCAGUUGGUGUCUAUGUUUCUUCUGUGCCUGUUGACUAUGAGUCUUUUGAAGUUGGCACUGGGCAGGUUUCUGUUGUUUAUAGCUCAUUAGACUUUGAACCAGAGAAUUUCUUUGCCUUGGGCUCUCCAGUUGGUAUGUUUCUCACAAUUCGAGGAGUGGAUAGGAUAGAUGAGAACUACAGGCUCCCUACCUGUAAAGGAUUCUUCAAUAUUUAUCAUCCACUUGAUCCUGUCGCGUACAGAUUAGAACCCAUGAUCGUUCCAGAUCUGGACCUAAAAGCUGUUCUUAUUCCACAUCACAAAGGCAGAAAAAGACUUCACCUAGAGCUGAAAGAAAGUCUCACUCGAAUGGGAUCUGAUUUGAAGCAGGGUUUCAUUAGCUCUUUGAAAAGCGCUUGGCAGACAUUAAAUGAAUUUGCUCGUGCUCAUACCUCCUCAACUCAGCUGCAAGAAGAAUUGGAGAAGGUAGCCAAUCAAAUCAAGGAGGAGGAAGAAAAGCAAGUGGUUGAAGCAGAAAAGAUUAUUGAAAGUCCAGAAUUUUCCAAGGAUGAGGACUACUUAGGAAAGGUUGGAAUGCUAAAUGGAGGUCGCCGAAUUGACUACGUUCUUCAGGAAAAGCCCAUAGAGAGUUUCAAUGAGUAUCUCUUUGCUCUUCAAAGUCAUUUAUGCUACUGGGAAUCUGAAGAUACUGCCCUGUUACUACUUAAAGAAAUAUAUCGGACAAUGAACAUUAUUCCAGAACAACCCCAGCAUUGAUUGGACUUCAGUUUCUUUGUAUGCUGUACUCUGUUCCCGUGGAAGUGGACGGACUGUCUGAGGAUUUACAGCCCAGGGGGUCUUGUGAGACACUCUACAGCAUUUGUGCAGUGAAGCGAAACACUUGACAGUUUUUUUUUCUCCUUCAGAAAGGAAUUACUAAUGUGUUUGCGAAGUUUGUUCAAAGAUCCUGCUUCUCUUCAAAAAACUUGCUUGUCUUUACAGAAGGCCCCAGUGUAAAUCACAGUGCCGAGCAAGCCUCAGCGGACAUUCCCCCUUUGUUCCCGCAGUGGAUGACAGAAAAGUGAUUGAUUCAUCGACGGCUGCUCAGAAACAAUUCUCCGAUGUAAGGAUUCAUUUAAAAAAGACAACAUACCAAACAAGAAGACAGUGGACAAUCACCAGAAUCACAUUCGGAUAGAAUAGAUGAGGAAAUGUAAUUAUAAAAUGAUGCGGUUAAUAAUUCUGCAGAUCAGUUGUGGUGUUUAGUCGUCAAAAGCCGUGUAUCAAUGAAGAAAUAUUUGUAGCAUGCAGACGGUUAUUUGUUUCUUUAAAAAAAAAAAAAACUACUUGUCAGUGGGCUAUUAAAAUUGCAUAUAUUUUUA